UCAGACAAUUCAGUUCGAGUUUAGCCUUCGAUGCGUUCAGACGUGUUCGGAAAAAAGCCUAAAACGGAAAGCAAAAAGCAAACUCUACCAGCAACAACACUUGUGUAUCUGUGUAUCUCUCUGCCUCUCUGCAUAAGUAUUUGUAUCUGACAGAGCGCACGGCUGUCAGAACGUUCGGCGUGUAAAGUGCUUGAACAGCCACAACAAAAAGUGAAAGAUACGCCACUUGGCCACUUGUCAAAACAGUGAACGCAAGCAAUUUCUGAAAUCAACAAGAAAUUCAAGAAAAGUAAAUUUGUGAAUAAUACCCUGGAAUUAUUUCAAGGAAAUAAUCCAAGAAACAACCAAAUCUGAAAAAGAAAAUUUCAAAAAUCAAGUUUUGCCGUCGCAUUUUACUUGGAUUACCCCAACACACAUCAGCCAGCCGCUGACAGAUCUUGUUCAGCAUCCUCUGUGGAUUACUCUAUUAGGACAAUCGCCAACAGCUCCGCUAUGGUUGUCUUGGAAGGCGGCGGUGGUGUUGUUACCAUCGGCAACAAUCAAUACCUACAACCGGAUUAUCUGGCUCCAUUGCCAACAACGAUGGAUGCCAAGAAAAGUCCGCUGGCUUUGCUGGCCCAGACCUGCUCACAGAUUGGCGCCGAUUCGUCGGCAGUGAAGCCGCUGCUGGCCGUGGACAAGAGCAAGAAGUCGGGCACCUGCUCCUCGUCGUCCACCUCGUCGAGCUCGUCGAGCAGCGCCGACAUGGGCACGGCCAAGUCGCCCAGCCAGGCCAAGUCGCCCAAGUCGAGCACGCCCAUCAGCAGCACCAUUGGAAGCACCACGCUUGGCAGCGAGGUGAAGCUGGCCUUCAAGCCGUACGAGACGAACGUGCUCAGCCAACAGAACCAGAACAGCUUCAAGAGCAGCGCCAGCGAGGAGCUGCCGCGGCCCAGCUCCAAGAGCUCUACGGGCGCCCAGGAGCGCGUGCCGUCGCGCAACAAGUCAAAUGCCACGCCCACAGACAAGCCGGAGCCUCUAGCCACCACGCCACACGACGCCAGCCGGAAGACCGUCUCGCCCGCCGGCAGCUCGCAGCGCGGCGCCAGCCCCAUCGUGCGCUCCGGCAUGGAGGUGCUGAACAAUGCCAACGGCACCGCCCAGCAUCCCAAGGAGAUGAGCAGCAUGGCCGCUGCGGCAGCUGCCGCCGCAGCCGCCUACAAGGCGGCCGGUCCGUACGGUCUGAAUCCGUUGUCGGCGCUCUGCUGUCCGCCCGGCAUGGAGCAGCAUGCGAAUCCCGCCUUCCGGCCGCCGUUCGCCGGCGGCUUCUCGCACCAUCAUGCGGCGAUGCUGGCCGCAGCGGCCAAUGGCGGCUAUCCCGGAGCCGGAGCCGGCCCGGCCGGACAGCCCAAUCCGUACAUCAGCUACCAGCGCAUCAAGACGCCCGCCGGCGGCGAGGCCAUCGUGCCCGUCUGCAAGGAUCCGUACUGCCCCGGCUGCCCCUACUCCGCACACACGCAACAGAUGCUGAUGGGCGCCCCCUGCCCGGCCGGCUGCACCCAGUGCGAGCACCAGAAGUACGGCAUGGCCAUGGCCAGCGCCGGACUCCCGCAGGCGCAUCCCUACUCCCAGGCGGCGGCUGCCGCUGCUGCCAAUGCGGCCGCUGCCCGCUCGGCGCCCUACGUCUGCAGCUGGGUGGUGGGCGACGCCUACUGCGGCAAGCGUUUCCAGACCUCCGACGAGCUCUUCACCCAUCUGCGCACCCACACGGGCAACCUCUCCGAUCCGGCCGCCGCUGCCGCCGCGCUCGCCCAGUCGCAGGCCCAGUCCCUGCUCGGCACACUCUUUCCGCCCUCGGCCCUGCGCGCUGGCUACCCAACGCCCCCGCUCAGCCCCAUGUCCGCCGCCGCUGCAGCGGCCCGCUAUCAUCCAUACGGCAAGCCGCCGGGCGCCAUGGGCGGCGCCCCCUCGCCCUUUGGCGCUGCCGGCGCCUUCAACCCGGCCGCCGCGGCCGCUGCAGCUGCUCUGGGCCCCUACUACUCUCCGUAUGCCAUGUACGGGCAGCGCAUGGGCGCAGCUCAUCAAUAAGAA